UACAAAGACCGGAUAAACUUACCUAUUGUCUUUUCAUAGAAUUUAAACCAAUCCAGAUUGUGUAGUUAUUUAAUGCUCUGUUGUAACGUUUGAGCAACACUAUCGGCUUUAAUAAUGGAAAACGGAAGCGUAUAGAACUGACGCAGCGUAUCAUUUGAGACGUUGGUAAUCGCGUGAACGAGUCGUUUGCCAAGUUGACAUGAUUGGCAUUUGUGGCACUUUUUAAGCCACCAAAAUGACACAUUCGUACGGCUCGUACUUUUACCUAUCACGGCUGAAUGACGUGUGUGUGUGUGUGUGUGUGUGUGUGUGUGUGUGUGUGUGUGUGUGUGUGUGUGUGUGUGUGUGUGUGUGUGUGUGUGUGUCUGUCAAUGAGUCCUAAAAGCGUACUUAACAGACACUUUCCUCUGUAAACAAACAUCAAGCUAUGCUUAGAGCGGAGGUGAGGUUAAGUAAGUUGCAGCAACGUAUCAUCAUGGUCCGAUCGAGGAGCCGACAGCAACCUGCCCAGUCGACAGCCCACCUGUAGCAUCAACAUGGCACAUUCCACGGAGGGGACCAACAACCGGAGAGGAAGUGGUAGAUGCUGCUGGAGGAACCAUAAUGAAGAAUGGCAUGGUCAGCAUAGACCCCAUUUCCACAGCACAACCAAGCCCAGACCUCCACAACCACCAUGAGCACAACAAGCCCCCCCUCACCCAGCACUCCCUGCCCAGUUAUAAGGCCUCUGCCGAGCACUACGGCAGCCCCCAGCGGGGCCAUGAUGACCAGGACUGCAACAGCCUGGCCUCCCAGGACUCUGGCAUCCCCACCCUGGAGAUCAAUCACCCUGAGCACAUCCACGCCCACCCACACCCAGGAGAGAGUGGCUUUACCCUGGGGUCGAACCACCACGACCAGGGCCCCGCUACUCUCUCUCUGGACCAGUCUGGAGACAGCGCUUGCCUCCGCAAGUCCUCCACCUUCCCCCGCAGCAGCUACGACUUGGUGCGCCUCUUCAGCCCCGCCCCCAGGUCCAGCGCUGGUGUGGGAGUCAUCGCAAUGGGGAUGAGUGGUGUGGGAGGCAGAGCCCUGAACCGCAGCGACGACAUCUCGGUGUGCAGCGUGUCGAGUCUGAGCACGGAGCUCUCUGCCACGCUGUCGGCGUCCAACGAGGACAUCCUGGACUUCAUGGUCACCUCCGACUCCAGCGCCAUCGUCACCAUGGAGACUGACGAUGGCGGCAGCGCCCACUUCUCAGACGUGGCGCUGUCGUUGUCGCCAGGCGGUGAUAUCGGCGGGGGUCUGCGGAGUCCGCGGCGGAGACACAUGGGUCUGGGGGCAGAGGAUGAGGGCAAGCCCAAGAUGCUGGGGCCACUGGCUAGCUUCUUCAACCGGAGUCUGUUUGUCAAGAAAGUGAAGGACACUUGGCCAGUGGAGCAGAAAGACCCGGGCUGGAAGCUGUUUGGGAAAGUCCUCCCUAGAGAGUGCUCAGUGAAACACCCCCAGAAAAUACAGAAGGAAUAUGAAACUAACAGUAGCAGAGAUGGACCUGGCCACAGUCCCCCGUCUCCCAGACAGAGUGUGAGGAAGAAUCUGGACUUUGAACCCCUCUCCACCACAGCACUUAUACUGGAGGACCGCCCUGCUAACCUGCCAGCCAAGCCUGCAGAGGAGGCACAGAAACACAGACAACAGUAUGAGGAGAUGGUGGCCCAGGCGAAGAAGAGAGAGCUCAAGGAGGCCCAGAAGAGGAGGAAGCAACUGGAGGACAGGUGCAAGCUGGAGGAGAGCAUCGGCAACGCCGCCCAGACCUGGAACCAGGAGAUUCUGCCCAACUGGAGUGCCAUGUGUACGUCUCGGCGGGUCAGGGAGCUCUGGUGGCAGGGCGUUCCCCCAAGUGUCAGGGGCAAGGUCUGGAGCCUGGCGGUGGGCAACGAGCUCAACAUCACCCACGAGCUGUUUAACAUCUGUCUGGCCAGGGCAAGGGAGAAGUGGAAAUCUAUGCCUACUGCACCACCCACUGAACCAGAGACUGAAGAUGCAAGUUUGUCCCUGGCGGACAGAGAGGCCAGUCUGGAGCUGAUUAAACUGGACAUCUCCAGAACCUUCCCACACCUCUGUAUCUUCCAACAGGGAGGGCCAUACUACGACAUGCUGCACAGCAUCCUGGGAGCAUACACCUGCUAUAGGCCAGACGUUGGCUAUGUGCAGGGCAUGUCGUUCAUCGCGGCGGUGCUGAUCCUCAACCUGGACACGCCGGACGCCUUCAUAGCUUUCGCCAACCUGCUGAACAAGCCCUGUCAGAUGGCCUUCUUCAGAGUGGACCACAGCCUUAUGUUGAAGUACUUUGCAGCAUUUGAAGUGUUCUUUGAAGAAAACCUACCAAAACUGUUUGUACAUUUCAAGGAAAACAACUUGACCCCCGAUAUUUAUUUAAUUGACUGGAUCUUCACCCUGUACAGUAAGUCGCUGCCGUUGGACCUGGCGUGUCGGGUGUGGGAUGUGUUCUGUCGCGACGGUGACGAGUUCCUGUUCCGGGUGGCCCUGGGCAUCCUGCGCCUAUACGAAGACGUGUUGACCCGCAUGGACUUCAUCCACAACGCCCAGUUCCUCACCCGCCUGCCCGACCACAUUUCCCCCGACCAGCUAUUCUCACACAUCCACGCCGUCCACAUGACAAGCAAGAACAGGAAAUGGGGGCAGGUUCUUCAGGCCUUGCAGGAGCGGAACAGUCCAGUCCUAAAGCGCUGAGUCCAGUUAACCAGGAGCAAAACGACACAGACACUAGCUCGUUCUCCGAUCCAGUACUCCACCUGACCGUAUGAAACACUAGACGAGCCCAGGCCAGGCUGUGUGUGAGAGCUGCCCUCUGGGCCCCAGAUAGACAUGCCCUCCCUGGCAUGGACCUACACAGGCUCGGCGUGCUCACGGAUGGGGGAAAACCAGCCACUGUGUUCCCCCUGGACCUGGGUCAUGGAGCAGAGACACUGGAGGUCUGGAAAGGACUGGGGUAAGGGGGUACGAGGAUUUAUUAUGAUACCCCCUCAACACAUGUUGUGUCCCUCUUCCCCAAAUCGAACCGGGCAGACGAAGGAUGCUCUCGACUGUACUGUACACUCCCAAAUGUCUAUAGCACGGAUGCUAGUUCCUCUUUUUCCACUUGAUCUCUCAUCCCUCUUUCUCUCACUUUUUAACUCCCUGUGUGUCUCCUCUUUCUCACUUUCUCCUCCCUUUCUACCUCUACUCCCAGCCUCCGUUGCCGUUGGUCAUUCCUACAAAUCAACUGCGAUUUUUACUGUUAGCCUUUGUUUUUUUUUUGUGUUUUUGGUUUCAAUGUGUUUUUAAUUUGUUUGCUGUUUUUAAUUUGUUUUUAUUUGUUUCCGUACCAUUCUAUGACGUAAAGACUCCCAAGGAGAAGCCGUGGGUGUUUGAUUUGGGGACAACUGUUCAUCGGCUUGAAAAGAGGGGGUAGUGAAUAGAUUUUUAUUCUUCUGAAGAUUCAUCAGAAAUACAACAAAUAGCCUUUUUUUUUGUAUGUAGUAUUGUUUGAGGCACCACAAUGUUACGGUUCACUUUUUAAAGAAACAUUUGACCAAACCUCUUCAAAGAGGAAAUAAGCUACGUGGAAAAAUAAAUGAAGUGAUAUUUAAUGAUGUCCUACACAUACACUAAAGUGGUUUUAAACUGGAACAGCUAAGGUGGAUUAUGAGAAUCUUCUGUGUCGUUGUGUGUGACACACAUACCAUAUUGGUUGCAUUUUUUUUUCUGUUAUUUUAUUUUUUGCACAUUUCAUUUGUCAAUGAGUUAUUCUGUUUUCUUUGUUUCUAUUUGAAGUGUCAUAUCUUAAUAUAUGUAACGGUUUGAUUUUGAAGCUGCUUCACCGAAUGUGUUUUGCAAUGUGUGCAAUAGAAGACUCGGAAACGAAAAUAGAUUGCUGAGGAUCUUCUGUGUCCCUACUAUUGAAAAUGCUGGUAUCCCUAUUUGGCCUCAGUAUGCCCUUCCUCUAUUGGAGGUCUUACUCCUUGGUGAGGAGCAGAGUGGCUCAGAUCUAUUGCACGCUGUAUGUUCCCUGUUCCCAUAAUGCCUUUCGUCAUGUAGCUGAAAGACCUGAGUCAUGUCAGGAGCUCUGAUUUACCCCGUUUCAAACUAACGGAACACACCAGCCUUGGUUUGAAGGUGUGAGCUCAAUGGGAGAGAGUUGUUCAACAAGAUGCUUUGGUGUGGUGUUCAGUUCACAGAUCCUACUACUGCUUUCAUGUCUGCCGCCACCACCACCACCUGCCAAAAAGAUAACUCCUCUGUAGAUGAUUCUGAAUGUAUUGGAGGCUAGGUCCAAAUGCAGGUACUGUACAGAACGCUCUGUACUCUAGAGCCCCCAAGCAUUUAGUGAUCCCCUUUGGCUGUUGGGGAUCACUCCUCACCCCCCUGUGCACGUAGACAUUCAGAUCACUGUUACGAGGACGGAUGCACUCCAUUCCCCCUGCUCCCUUUUUGCGGUGAACACUGCAGUACUGCAAUAAAAAAUAACAAUCAUUCUUGUCACCUCGUGCAGUUUUCACCCCUGUAGUUUCACACUGUCAUUUGGGCAAUUUAUCCCCUGUUUUUACGAUUUGUAUUUUGUCUUGAGUACUUACUGUUAUCAGUGUCCCUCACGCGUGACCAUCGAGGAUCCUUGUGUGUGUGUUUUGUUGUGUGUAUGUGCUUUUGAAGAGCUUCCGGCAACUCCGAUAGCAUGUGAACACGCCUUAUAUCACAGAAGUGCAACCUGGUAAGUAUAAAUGGCCCCCGUUUUAAAUGAUUGAGUACUUUUUUUUUUUUUUUUUUUUGUAGUAAAUCUGCUUUUUAUGCUUUGUUUUGAUUUGUCAGUUUGACUAUGUCCUCUUGUUUUAAUGUGUGACAUUUCCAAUGGACCCUUUUCUGUUGUAUUGAACUCGAGUUGGACUUGGGUGGCAGGGUAGCAAGGUCAACUGGAGCUGUAUAUAACUACUGUUUUAUUCAAUAAAUGAUCUAUUCAUACUGGUUAACUUGACUGACCCAUGUUAACUUUUAUCUCUA